AAGUCAAACGGCAUUAUGCUCAAUACGAAAUGGUUUGAAUUGAAAAUUUUCAUAUUUCUUGUCGAAAAAAAUUGAUUUAAUAAAUUGUUUUUGGAAAAUUUCAUUGAAUCAAAUAACAUAAAAUCCGAAUUAAAAAUAAAAAUAAUUUUUCAUCACCUCAAAGUGAGAAAUAAACAACGCUCGCAACGACCAUUCUGAUGUUCAAAAUUCGGCGUUCGGAUGUUUGGAUGUGUCAAAAUAGCGGUGGCGCUGUGAUCAUGGUACUCGGUGCUUGGUGCGCACGACAACUCAUACAUCGCGUUCGGUCAUUUCAUUUACGAAUUUGAAGCCUGGCGGACAGAAGUGAAAAAGAGAAAAAAGCGAAGUGAAGUGAAUAAAAAAUUUUAACCAUAAAAAGAAGAGAAUCUAAAGAUAUCAAAUGCAAAUUAUAAAAAAAAUUGAAAGCGAAAAAAAUUAAAAAUCAUUAUAAUAAUUGUGCUUUUAAAACAUUUUCAAAGUGAAAACCGAGAUAGACAAAGAAAAAGAAACAAAAACACUAAUAUUCAAUCGAAAGAAGCAUUUUUUGUGCGUUUCAAAAUAAAGAACUUAUUUAUUUCGAAGUGAGAAAUAACGAAUGGAAAAUAAACAAACAUUUGUGGUACUAAAGACAUAUAAAUAUAAUGAGUCGGACAUAAAAGACUAUUUUAAAGUGAAUUAGAAAAAAAUACCGAGAAUCUUUUUUUUUUGUAAAUUUGGCUCCAAUUGAAUUGGAUUUUUAGCGUGAAACAAUAAAAAUUUAAAUGAAUUUCACUUGUUAGAAAAUUAACUUGAAUUUAAAAAAAAAACAAGAAAGAGAUCCUAAAGAAGAAGAUAAAAAUAAACGUGUCAAGUUUUCAAAGUAGCAGAAAAAAAGUCAUUGAACGCUUGAAUUGUUCUUAUUUUGUUAAAUUUUCUUAACAUUUAUUUUAGCAUUGUAUUAUUAUAUUAUAAUUUCUAUUUUAAUAAUCAAUUUAAACAACAAAAAAACUACCAAGAACGCAAAUCGAUUCAAUUGUACUGAAUCGUAGCACAAAGAAGAACAUUAAAAGAAAAGAAAAACAAUCGUUUAUCCUAAAUAAAUCAUUAUCGUGCAUAUAAUCAUUUUGUGUAAAGGCUAAAGCCAAGUGUGAUCACCUUUUUUUAUCAAGAUGAUGACAGAAAACAUGUCGAAGAAUCACCUAGCAAACCAUUCGGGCCCAAAAAGCGAUGGUAAAAUCGUGUCGACAGCAAAUGAGCUGGACAUAACUGGUUGGAAGCAAAAAUUGAAGGUCCCACCAAAGGAUAUGCGCAUCAAAACCAGCGAUGUGACAGACACACGUGGCAAUGAAUUUGAGGAAUUUUGCUUGAAACGUGAAUUGUUGAUGGGCAUUUUUGAGAAAGGAUGGGAGAAACCGUCACCGAUCCAGGAGGCAGCUAUACCAGUUGCAUUGGGUGGCAAAGACAUUCUGGCGCGUGCCAAGAACGGUACCGGCAAAACAGGAGCAUACUCGAUUCCGGUGUUGGAACAAAUUGACUCAACAAAGGACUGUAUUCAGGGAUUGAUCAUUGUGCCAACCAGAGAAUUGGCUCUACAAACAUCGCAAAUUUGCAUCGAACUAGCAAAACACCUGAACAUUAGAGUAAUGGUGACCACCGGUGGCACUGUUCUUAAGGAUGAUAUUAUGCGAAUUUAUCAAAAAGUUCAACUUAUUAUCGCAACACCCGGCCGUAUUCUUGAUCUCAUCGACAAAGAAGUUGCAAACAUGUCACAAUGCAGAAUGCUUGUACUCGACGAAGCCGAUAAACUUUUGUCACAGGAUUUCAAAGGCAUGCUGGAUCAUGUUAUCAUGAAACUGCCAAAAGAAUUGCAAAUUCUAUUGUUUUCGGCCACAUUCCCACUCAGCGUGAAAAAUUUUAUGGACAAACAUUUGCGCGAUCCAUAUGAAAUCAAUUUGAUGGAAGAGCUAACGCUUAAGGGUGUGACACAAUAUUAUGCGUUCGUACAGGAACGCCAAAAGGUCCACUGUUUGAACACACUGUUCUCAAAGUUGCAAAUCAAUCAGUCGAUCAUUUUCUGCAAUUCAACGCAACGUGUUGAAUUGUUGGCAAAGAAAAUCACCGAAUUGGGCUACUGUUGCUACUACAUUCACGCAAAAAUGGCACAGGCGCAUCGGAAUCGGGUGUUCCACGAUUUUCGUCAAGGUUUAUGCAGAAAUUUGGUCUGCUCCGAUCUGUUUACACGUGGUAUUGAUGUACAGGCUGUGAAUGUUGUCAUCAACUUCGAUUUCCCCAAAAUGGCUGAAACUUACUUGCACCGAAUUGGACGAUCUGGUCGUUUUGGACACUUGGGUAUUGCUAUCAAUCUCAUCACCUAUGAAGAUCGUUUCAAUCUUCAUCGCAUCGAAAAGGAAUUGGGUACAGAAAUUAAGCCGAUACCAAAGGUCAUCGAUCCAGCGCUGUAUGUGGCCAGUGCACCAAACGACUCAAUCAACAGCAACAAUGAGAGUAUUGUCAGCAAGUAAGCCAAACACCUCGUUCAAUCAUUUCUCAUCAAAAAGAAAGUACACACACAAACAAAACAUUUUGCAAAUGAAAUUCCGAAGAUGAGGACAACUAAAAAACUAAUAACAAGAGAAACAACAAAACAAACAAAAUGAAAAAUAUCUAUUGUCAAUACACUCGCCUACUGUUUUUUUUUAAAUCUACCAAAUUCAGAGCAAAAACUAAAUUAAAAUAAUCAUAAAUUACAAUAUUAAAAGAAAAACACACAAGAAAACAUUAAUUUUACAACAACAACAAACUAAACCACGUGAAUAGAAAGAAGAAAGGAUCAAAGUUUAGGUGAAGAGAUCAAUUUUAAAAAGAAAAUAGUGUGAGAGAAAUAUUAUUGUGCGAUUACCUAAAACAAAAAUCAAUGUGCAUAAAAUCGGAUUAAGGAACAAUGAAAAAGACAGAGAAAAAAACAUACAUGUUUAGAAUCAGGAAUUUUUUUUUUUUUUGUUGCACACAGAAUUUAAAUAUUGAAGGGUUACAAGUCGCGAUGUACGAAACACACAAAUAAAAACAAAAUAAACACACCGAUUUAAAAUUUAAAAAGAAACCAACAUGCAUAGGUAAAAAAAACAACCAAAACUGUGAAUAACUUUUGAGAAGUGAAAAUGUCGGUGCAUGCGUUCGAUUGAUGUGCAACAUUAAGAAAAACACAAAUUUAAAUUACGAAAACCAAAUCUGUAUGUAUAUAUAAAGAAGCUUUUUUUUGUGUGAAAAAAAAACAACAAAUUGAAAUUUCAAGAGAGAAAGAAAGAGAGAGAGAAAAAUUAUCCAGAACUCCGAGUUGGGUUUAAUGGAUCAACUCAUUUUAAGAAGAAGAAAAAACAACGUAUGCAUCUGACAAUUUCUCGAAAGUAAUUCAUCAACACAUUUCAUAAAAUGCAUUAAAAGAACCAACAUUUAUGAGAGAUGAAACAAAUCCACUUAAUUGUACUACGAUAAAAUUCAAAGCAACUACAACAAAUAACUAAGUAGCAUGAAGAAUUAAAAAAGAAGAAGAAAGUAAAUAAAAUUUGUAUGUUGUUCAAGACAAAAA